UACUCGGUGCUCGACCCCCACAGAAUCCAUCGAUUAUUGAGUGUUGGUGGAAGAAAACGGGAGAAAACAGAGUUUAUAAGUGAAAUUAGUUUUGUACGCGUCGAGUUGGUUUGGAUACGUGUCUUUUUUUUCUGUCGGUAACAUGGGGAACUGCCAUACCGUCGGACCAAACGAGGCCCUUGUGGUUUCAGGUGGCUGCUGUGGCUCAGAUCAGAAGACAUACGUUGUGGGAGGCUGGGCUUGGGCCUGGUGGCUGAUCUCUGACAUCCAGAGAAUGUCUCUGGAGGUUAUGACCAUCCUCUGUCGCUGUGAGAAUAUCGAAACCUCGGAGGGUGUUCCCCUGGAUGUGACAGGGGUGGCUCAGGUGAAGGUGAUGACGGAAGAUGAGCUGCUGGGUUACGCCUGCGAGCAGUUCCUGGGGAAGUCAGUCGUUGAGAUCAAGAGUGUGAUCCUGCAGACCCUUGAGGGUCACCUGCGUGCCAUCCUCGGUACCCUCACUGUUGAGCAGAUUUACCAAGACAGAGACAAAUUUGCCACCCUGGUGCGAGAGGUGGCAGCACCUGAUGUCGGCCGCAUGGGCAUCGAGAUCCUCAGCUUCACCAUCAAGGAUGUGUAUGAUAAAGUGGAGUACCUGAGCUCACUGGGCAAAACUCAGACAGCUGCAGUACAGAGGGACGCAGACAUCGGAGUGGCAGAGGCAGAAAGAGAUGCUGGCAUCAGGGAAGCUGAGUGUAAGAAAGAAAUGAUGGAUGUUAAGUUCUUAGCUGACACAAAAAUGGCCGACUCCAAACGAGAGCUGGAAAUGCAGAAAGCUGCCUUUAAUCAGGAAGUGAACACAAAGAAAGCAGAGGCUCAGCUGGCCUACGAGCUGCAGGCGGCCAAAGAGCAGCAGAAGAUCCGUCUCGAGGAGAUUGAGAUUGAGGUGGUGCAGAGGAAGAAGCAGAUCACUAUCGAGGAGAAGGAGAUUGACCGCACUGACAAGGAGCUUGUCGCCACCGUGAAGAGACCCGCCGAGGCUGAAGCCUACAAGAUGCAGCAGCUGGCUGAGGGACGCAAGAAAAAGACAGUUCUGACGGCGCAGGCAGAGGCUGACAAGAUCCGCCUUAUCGGUGAAGCAGAGGCCUCCUCUAUUGAAGCGGUGGGAAAGGCAGAGGCUGAGAAGAUGAGGCUGAAAGCUGAAGCCUAUCAGGAAUAUGGAGAGGCUGCCAAGACGGCUCUGGUCCUGGAGGCUCUGCCCAUGAUUGCCAGUAAGGUGGCUGCACCGCUGUCCAAGACCAAUGAGAUUGUCAUCCUGAGUGGAGAGGGCAGCCGCGUGACUGGAGAGGUGACCCGUCUACUAGCUGAACUCCCCGUGUCUGUCAACGCCCUCACCGGGGUGGAUCUGACUAAGAUCCCUGCGCUCCAGAAGAUGAUGGGCCCACAGUGCCAAACAGCCAUCUGAUGAAUCAGGCCAGAGCCUCGUUACCUUCCACAUGUAUCUGCCUCAAGCAUGAAAAGAGUUUUUUCAGCCUCUGACCCCUUAUGCAACUGCCUUUGACCAGAAACACUUGACACCAACCAAGAAGUUUUUAUAUUUUUAAGAGGUUUUUAAUUUUCUAAAGGAAAAAAAAAGCUGGGGCCUUACUUCUAAAGGACCAGAUUAUAUGUUUUGUUUUUAGUUGUAGAUACAUUGAUCCUUAUCACACAGCACUAGUUAGCCAGGAUUAUAUGCUGCCAUCCUCUCCAGUCGGCCCACUUUGAAUGUGGUGGUGUUAGAUAUAAUUUUUGGAGGGAGAAGCCUCCAGUCUUCAGUGUUGGAAAGAGUCCAAAACACAACGGCCAAAUCUUGAUAUUGUUCUCCAGAGCUGUUUAAGUUUCUGCCUGGAGUUUGGAGUGCACCACCUCCCUGUCAGGUGUAUUCACCGUUGGGAGCAGCUCCCGCCUCUUCAUCCUCCAACUGUCAUCCAACGCUCAGUUAGUGACAUACCUCGCAGUAGACUGAGCCCAGUGUGAUGGGCAGCUUUUAUUUUUCCUUUGCCUUUAUGCUUUCAUAGAUUAGUUAACUCUAACUCAGAGAGAUCUCGAUGGAUUACCAAACCGCUGUUACACAUACCAGAUCUUCAUCCACUGUGAUUGUAAAAUUUAUUAUGGUAUCAGUACUAUCUGAAUCACUUGUAUGAUAAUUCUUACCUCUGUCAUAUUGCCUGUCUUCUCGUUCUGAUGUGCAGUGCCUGUUCACCACUCAAGUGCCCAAACCUUAGGACAGUAAGUGGUUUGGCUUUAGUUGGAUUUAUGUCACAAUCACUAUAUAUAUAUAAAUAUAUCACUGUAUGUCACACAGUAUAUCGCUGUGUUAUAGCUGGAUUAAGUUUUAAUAUCGCUCUUGUAACAUCUGCUUGUACUAACAACAGUGUUUACUCUUCACUUUUGUCGCAUGUUUGGACUCAUAGGCCGCGAUAAACACAAAGCCAUACUUAGAGAAGUUUAGCCUUAAAGAAGAAACCCUGGACGCCUGCCGGGCUUACCGGACAUUUCUUUAUAACUCGAGUGGUAAUCGUUCAGGGUCUGAGCUUUAAUCCAUUUUGUUACUCCUCUCUGUCUCUUUACUCCUCCUGAGAUGAACUGUCAGUCCUCCUCCUACUCAGAUGCUGUCACAUGUUGCUCCGAUGUUGUUUUGAAAUAUUUUGUAGACUACAGUCAUGGAUGGAUUACUAAAUGGGCCACCCGGGCAAAGGCCUAAGGGCCCAAAGGGUCAGGGGGCCCUGGGGCCAGACACUCUGUUUGAAGUGACACCUUAAGAGCCGUCCACAUCAAGAACGAUAAUAAUAUGAGCAUCAACACUGAUGAACAAUAAAGUUAUGUAAACACUGGUGCCAAACGCUGCGCGCCCCAGCUGUGACGCCCUGUAAAUUCAGAUGGAUUUGAUUUUGACCGGCUGUCCAUGUUCGCUCUGACAGUGAUCCAGACUGUCACUUUCGUUAAAGUUGUGGUGUGGCCUACACCAUCCACUUGAGUUAGAACCAUUUUUAGUUAUCAUUCUCAGUGUGGACGGCCCUUUAUUGGAAAGAAAAAUCAGACAACCUCAAUGACAUACCAACUGAUCGCAAAGAGACAGAAAACAACAAAAAAGGAACAACACAUCCAUAAAGAGACGUAAAACAACCACAUAGAGACGUAAAACAACCACAUAGAGACGUAAAACAACCACAUAGAGAUGUAAAACAACCACAGAGACGUAAAACAACCACAUAGAGACGUAAAACAACCACAUAGAGAUGUAAAACGACUAUAAAGGAACACAAAACAACCACAGACGUAAAACAACCACAAAGAGACAUAAAAUGACUAUAAAGGAACACAACACAACCACAAAGAGACGUAAAACCACCACAUAGACAUAAACAGGGUUCCCACGAAAUUCCUUGAAAAGUUAUGAAAUGAUAAAGGCCUGGAAAUUGUUUGGAAAUAACAAUGUUUUGGAAAGGUGUUGAAUACACAUUAUGUUGGCUGUUUAACAUAUGUUCAUAAACAUGUCUAACAUUACAUGUACAUGUUCCUUGUAUUAUUGAUUUAAAAUCUAGUGCUGUGCUGCGUGACUGUUGAAACGUCACUAGUAUCAUGUGAUACAUGCUCCCUUUUGGGGGAAAGAAGCACAAAAAGUACCCGUAUGUGCCAGUCAGCUCUAUUGGCAUCAUCAAUAAUAAAGUUGGCAAGUGCUAGCAGUUAACUUGUCUGCAAAUGCCAGGGAAGGGCGUGUUUGAUAGUGUAUGGCUGUAUCAGGACACAUUUUACUUCAAGUCAUGGAUAUGGGGUUAAAUAUUGUGUUGAAAGUGUGGGAACCCUGCAUACAAACAACCACAAAGACACACUUCACGACUAGAAACUAUGUUUUUGUCUCUUUCAGUGUGGGGGUCUUGCUCCUUUGUAGAAGGAGUGUGUUCGUGUGUUGUUGUGUUUUCCAUGUCUGCACCCGGGGACCCAUUGUCUCGUAAUCUGUCCAUCACUAUAUACAUAUUUUAUAACUUUAAACAGUAACAUCCCCCUCACAUCUUCAGUUUGAAAGUUGUCACCAAAUCUGUGAUGACAAAGCAGGAAUAUAAUGUUACAUUCAGUCGGUCCGUGCCUCAGUAAGUUGCAGGAUAAUUGAGGUGUGACAAGGGGGUUUGUCUUCAGUUAGAUGUUAAUCGAGUGGUUGGACCAAUGACUCUUUUUUCAGCUCUCAUUUCUUCUCUUCAGUCGAAUUACCACACGUAGUCUGUUACAAUCAUUUAACUGUUGAAAGCCAGAUGACAAAGCGAUGGCUCAGUGUUACAUGAUCAAUUGUGACGUGAGGACAGUGUGCAACAAGUUUCAACCUCUAGAUGGCAGGAUUUAAACCCGAAUGAGCCUUUUGUUGCUGCUGUUAUAAAUUUUUAUUACUUUUAUUUUCAUACCUGUGUUGUUUAACUAGUUCGUCCAGGCUGCCCUGUUUUAAUUUCCUGUUUUAAUCACAUUGUGAAUUAUCUUUAACCACUUUACAGAAUCUGUGACCUUUAAAUAUAUUGUUUCUAUUUUGCCACUGACCGUUAUCAAACAAAAGUUUUCAUAGUCGCACCGUUUUCUUAAUUUUCUGUGAAUAAACAUGUGGCUUGUUUGGUCUGAGCAAAUUUCAUCUUGUUUCUGUCUUUGAUGUGAGUAUGACCGUUUCCUUUCAGAUGUGUGUCUGCUUAUUUGACCAGUUGUAACUGUUGGUGAAAACGCUGCCUGUCUUGCCACAAAUACAGUAACGUUGUUAACCUGUUUGAUGUGUAAUGUUCUUUACCAUCAUUUGGAAAGGCCAGUAUUUUUUAACAAGUUAAUUAGAAAUCAGUCAUCAGUCAUUAAAAUCUUAUCUCCAUUUUCAAACUGUACUUCAGGGACAUGGAGGAGAUUGAGAUAAGUGUCAUUUUAAUUCGGCUGGACGAUACAUGAUUGGCAUUUUUUGUCAAACACAGCGGCUGAUCUGGAAAUACAAAACUUUACCCCCAGUGUCGUUUCUGAAAGUAUUCACGGUGAGAACACCGCUUCAGAAUCGUCUUGACAGUAUAAAAAUGUAGCAUUAUGUUCUUUACAUAUCUGAGAUGAAUCAACUGCGAGUGGUUGUUUUGUAUGGAGGACCGAGACUGCCAAAAUCAAACAUUUAAAAAAAAAAAAAAAAAGACUUGAUAAAUAAAUUGAUAUGACAUUAAAUGUACCAAAAAAAUUAAAAACAAAUGUGACAUAGCUGAUUUCAAAAUUCUUCUUUAUAUAUAUUUCCUUUUAAAAAAUUGAUUCCCCAUUUAUAUAUAUGACUAAUUUUUAAAUGUAUUUAUUUUUGCAUUUAUUUUCGAUUUAUUUUUGAUUUUUUAAGAUGAAUUUAUUUAUUUAGGCUUGGCAUUAUAGAAGCAAUGUAUAUUUAGUGGAUCUAUGCACUCUAAUGUUGAUAAACCAAAGUUGACCUCAUAACAAGAAAUAAUGGGGGGAAAAGAAAAUAAUACAAAAAUAAAUAAAUUCAGAAAAAAAAAAUGCAUAAAUAUUUAUAGAAUUAAAUAUAUUUAUAAAUAAAUACAUGUAAAAUUAAAUUUAAAAAAUAAAUGCAAAUAUAAAUUAAUACAUUUAAAAAUUAAUGCAAAUAAAUAAUUAAAUUGGGAAAUUAAGCAGGCAAGUAAAUAAAUAGGGGAACCAAUACAAAGGUCACAUUUUAUUAUUUUUGUUUUUAAUACUAUUUUUCGUACAUUUAACGGCAUAAUUUAUUUAUCGAGUCAUUUAUUUAUUUAUUUUAUUUUGGCAGAAUUCAUCCUCCUUAGUUUCCAAGCUGGGCAAAGGUUAAAGCAUCUGAAUAAAAUGGUUAACUUAGUGUUAUACUUUGUAUUGCUCCUUUUAAUUAGAAAAAUAGAUUUUAUUUGUACUCAGUGCCUUUGUUGUUAAACAAUGAAGAGGUCAUUCACACUUAAUGUGCAGUCCGUUGACUUGUGAUCAUAGCAUUGGGAGUACUGAUGUGAUAUUCUAUCAUGAAUUUACUGUAAGACAAAGAUCGACUUGUAGAAUAUAUGAAUGUUAUAAAUAUAUAGUGUUCAGCUGUAAGUUUUCCUCUUUCUAUUUUUUCAGUUUUAUGUACUUCUAGAACUUUAAUGCAAAUGUGUAAGGGAACGAUAUAGAUUUAAAUAUCUAGUUAAAUAUUAUGGUGUUGAGUAGCAUUUAACAGCUUUUCCUUUGGGUUCUGGACCUCUUAAAGUAUUUUCAUUUUUUAUUUUGGCCAUUAUAUUGUGUGCCAGAAAAAAAAAAAAACUUUUUUUUUUUUAACUUGCAUUGUCUAAUCAGAUCUUUGUGUUGUUCUAAGUGGCAUUUAUUAAAGACCAAACACUAGAGACCUACGCCUUAACUCUUCAUCUGAAGCACGUCCAUCUGUCGUCUGUCAUGGAAAUGAUGUGUAACCUCUAUUUAAAUGAUAUUGUGGAUUUAUCUGGUGGCUUCUCAUGUUAACACUGGCCUUUGGGGAAAACUGACCCAGCAUGGCAUUUCAAGCAGCAUGUGUUCUUGUUAUUCUGUGUUGUGUGACGCCCUAUAAUAAUAAAUGUUAUAACACUUCC